AUGACUGGCCGAGAGCAGGACCUGGGCCCCGCCGCCACCGUCGUUCCCGCUCCGGCAAAGUGCCGGUGGGCCGGCUGGCCUGGCUGCGGUGCGGUGUUGUGCCAGCUCCGCGGAUGCCCACGGGACCGCGGGGUCCGGCAGCGGCAUGACUGGCCGAGAGCAGGACCUGGGCCCCGCCGCCACCGUCGUUCCCGGUCCGGCAAAGUGCCGGUGGGCCGGCUGGCCUGGCUGCGGCUGAUCGAGCUGCACUCGCCGGACAGCAGGAACACCCUGAUCCUGCGCUGCAAGGACACGGCGACGGCGCACUCCUGGUUCACGGCCCUGCACGCCAACAUCACCGCCCUGCUCCCCCAGGUCCUGGCCGAGCUCAACGCCAUGCUGGGCACCGGCGGCGGCGCCGCGGCCGGCGGCAAGGAGGUGAAGCACAUUGCCUGGCUGGCUGAGCAGGUACGUGCUGCUGGGGAUUGUGCUGAAGGUGCUGCUCUGGGGAUGGGCACUGCCUGGCACCGUCCCCGGGGACAGCAGCGCUGACAGGGCUGUGGUUGCAGCCGCGCAGUUGCCGGAGAGCCCUGCCACCAGCCUGGGCUUUCCCCCCCCAGGCUGGUCCACUCGGGCUCGGGCCGCCGCUCGCCCGCCCUGGGCUCAGAGCUCACCUUUGCCACCCGGACGGGCUCUCGCCAGGGCGUGGAGAUGCAUGUCUUCCGUGUGGAGACCCACCGGGACCUCUCCUCCUGGACGCGCGUUCUCGUGCAAGGCUGCCACGCCGCCGCCGAGCUGAUCAAGGAGGUGUCUGCAGGCUGCACGCUGGGCGGGCAGGAGGUGCAGCUCUCCAUCCACUACGAGGGCGGCUUCACCAUCUGCCGGGAGGAGCCGGGCGGCAGCGUCCUCUUCCGCUACCCCUACGAGAGGCUGAAGAUGUCGGCGGACGACGGCAUCAGGACCCUCUACCUGGACUUCGGGGGCCCCGAGGGGGAGCUGGCGCUGGACCUGCACUCCUGCCCCAAGCCCAUCGUCUUUGUCCUGCACACCUUCCUCUCGGCCAAAGUCACCCGCAUGGGGCUGCUGGCAUAG